GUGGAAGAGAUGGUACAAAACCAUAUGACAUAUUCCUUGCAAGAUGUAGGGGGAGAUGCCAAUUGGCAGCUAGUGGUAGAAGAAGGAGAAAUGAAGGUAUACAGAAGAGAGGUGGAAGAGAAUGGAAUAGUUUUAGAUCCUUUGAAAGCAACCCAUGCUGUUAAAGGGGUAACAGGGCAUGAAGUUUGCCACUACUUCUGGAAUGUCGAUGUUCGUAAUGACUGGGAAACAACCAUUGAAAAUUUCCAUGUUGUGGAAAAUUUAGCUGAUAAUGCAAUCAUCAUUUACCAGACACAUAAGAGGGUGUGGCCAGCUUCUCAAAGGGAUGUGCUGUAUUUGUCUGCCAUCAGAAAGAUACCAGCAUUCAGUGAAAAUGAUCCUGAAACAUGGAUUGUGUGCAAUUUCUCCGUGGAACACGACAGCGCUCCUCUGAAUAACCGCUGUGUCCGUGCCAAAAUAAAUAUUGCUAUGAUUUGUCAGACGUUAGUAAGUCCACCAGAGGGGAACAAGGAAAUAAGCAGGGACAACAUCCUAUGCAAGAUUACCUAUGUAGCUAAUGUGAACCCAGGAGGAUGGGCGCCAGCGUCAGUGUUACGAGCAGUGGCAAAACGAGAAUAUCCAAAAUUCUUGAAGCGUUUCACAUCGUACGUUCAAGAGAAAACAGCAGGAAAGCCUAUUUUAUUCUAGUAUUAGCA